AUGCAUGCGAUCCAACAACAAUAUUGGGCAGUCCGAGACUACUUGAGUCCUGUCUUGAAGGAAAGCAAGUUCAAGGAGCAUGGCCGGAUAACACCAGAGGAGUUUGUAGCUGCAGGAGACUUCUUGGCGUACAAGUUCCCCGUGUGGUCCUGGGAGAAGGGCGAUACGUCGAAGGCGCGAGACUAUCUCCCGGCCGAUAAGCAAUACCUCGUAACGCACGGAGUGCCUUGCCUGCGCCGGGCUACAGCACUCGCCUACACUGACGCGGACGAGGACGCGGAACGGCUUCUCUCCUUCGGUGACCUGUCCUCUACAGGGAACGAGUCGGACGAAUGGGUCGAGACACACGCAGGGCGCGCGUCGACGCACGACUCCGCAGCGAAUCCUGGUGACAUCGACGAGAUCCCGGAUGUGGACGACGCUGCGGGCAUGGAUGGCGUGUCGAACGGGAUGGGGAACUUGUCACUGUCGGGUGCGAAUGGAGAGAUCCCGGACAUGGAUGAGAUCCCUGAUAUGGAGGAGCAAGAUCUGGAGGCAGGCGAUGAUGAAGCGACCGCAGCGCCUAAGGCCUCUGCGCCGGCAUCCAACAUCAUCGACUCGAGCGAAGUUGAAGUUGCCAAGGGGAACCUGCUGCAAGUACGGACGUACGACGUUAUGAUCACAUACGACAAGUACUACCAAACGCCACGCAUCUGGCUCAUCGGCUAUGACGAGAACGGGACGCCCUUGACACCACCCCAGAUCUUCCAAGAUAUCUCCGCUGAUCAUGCAUUCAAGACUGUUACGAUCGAGGCAUUCCCGCAUUCUACGAGUCUGCAGGCGGCGUCUGUGCACCCCUGCAAGCACGCAAGCGUCAUGAAGAAGGUCAUCGAGCGCAUGAAUGCUGGUGUGAUCGAGGAGCAGCAGGCCAUGCGCAAGGGCUCGGGGUCUGCCAUACCGAAGGACAAGCAGAAGAAGUGGCUGUUCCGCAAGCCCAGCAGCACGGGAAAAGAUACUCCUACAUCUCCGAGCGGCGAUGACGAAGUGGAGGGCAUGCGGGUGGACUUCUACUUGGUCGUCUUCCUGAAGUUCAUUGCGUCCAUCGUACCGACGAUCGAGGUCGACUCCACGACGGCCUUCUGA